AUGACCAACCCUAAAGUUUUCUUCGACAUGACCGUUGGCGGCCAACCCGCCGGCCGUAUUGUCAUGGAGCUUUACGCCGAUACUACUCCUCUAACCGCUGAUAACUUCCGUGCACUCUGCACCGGUGAGAAAGGAGUCGGCACUAGCGGGAAGCCUCUUCAUUACAAAGGCUCUUCCUUCCACCGUGUGAUCCCUAAUUUCAUGUGUCAGGGUGGUGACUUCACGGCUGGAAACGGAACAGGAGGAGAGUCCAUUUAUGGAGCCAAGUUCGCAGAUGAGAAUUUCCUCAAGACGCACACUGGUCCUGGAGUUCUUUCGAUGGCGAAUGCAGGUCCGGGGACGAAUGGAUCUCAGUUUUUUAUCUGUACUUCGAAGACGGAGUGGCUUGAUGGGAAACAUGUGGUUUUUGGUCAGGUGGUUGAAGGAAUGGAGGUGGUGAAGGAGAUCGAGAAAGUGGGGUCUAGCUCCGGGAAGACCUCGAAGCCGGUGGUUAUCGCAGAUUGCGGCCAACUCUGA